GAGGUGCGGGGCAUGUGCAAAACAAUUUUAUUUCAGUGCAAAAUUUCACCAGCAGAAUGUGAGAGAGAAGGCUUUCAUUAACGGUAUGGACAGGAUCUCACUUGCAAACAGCUGCAAUUUCAAUGUGUCCCAGAAUCGUUUCACAUGCGGGGAGGUUGGGCAGGGUGUCCUUACCGGGUCAGGACCUCUCCACCUAAAGGCUACUCAGACCAGGGACAGUCCAAGUGCUAUUUCAGCGUGUGGGAUGACGUUUCAAAGGAGAAAAAAUGAUUACACCAGAAAAGAAUGUAAGGAAGAUGUGAGUUGCACUCACACGUUUAUUCAGGAAAAGAGUGUCCAUGCUGGAAGUCAGUGUUUUGUGUGCUCUGAACGUGGAAAAUACUUUACCAAAUUUUCUAGCUUUCAUUAUCAACAGAGACGUCACAGUGGAGAAAAGCCUUAUGAGUGCAGUGAAUGUGGGAAAGCUUUUACCAGUAGAAAUGGCCUCCAUUAUCAUCUGAGUGUCCACAGUGGAGAAAGACCUUAUGAGUGCAAUGAAUGUGGGAAGUCUUUUCCCAGAAGCACUGACCUUCGUCGUCAUCAUAGAGUUCACACUGGAGAAAGGCCUUAUAAAUGCAGUGAGUGUGGGAAAUCUUUUACCACUAGCAGUGACCUUCAUUGUCAUCAGAGAAUUCACACUGGAGAAAAGCCUUAUAAAUGCAGUGACUGUGGGAAAUCUUUUAGCAGUAGCACUGCCCUUCAUUGUCAUCAGAGAAUUCACACUGGAGAAAAGCCUUAUAAAUGCAGUGAAUGUGGGAUAUAUUUUACCUGGAGCAUUGCCCUACGUCGUCAUCAGAGAGUUCAUAAAGGAGAAAAGCCUUAUCAAUGAAGUGAAUGUGAGAAAUCUUUUUCAAGGAGCAAUGGUCUCCAAUAUCAUCGGAGGGUUAACACUGGAGAAAGCCAUUAUGAGUGCAAUUAUUGUGAGAUUUCUCGCAGCAAAUUUCUAAAUUCACUCUGCACAAAAGUGCCCAAAUGUGAGAAAUUUAUUAGAUGUGUAGGAAAUGCAGUGUCUUAGUUAGGACUUAACAAUAGAAUAAGAAUAUUUGUGAAGUCUCAUUUGUCUGAAUUAUAUCUCAUACAUUUAAUCCCCUACAUUAUAUAACAUCCACCCAACUGUUUUUGUUGUUGUGUUUGUUAGUAUU